AUGGUGCUUAAACGAUUAUUAAACGUAGUUAGAAGCUUUUUACUUUUUAGUAAUGUUCAUGGAUUUUCUUAUGUUGCUGAUAGAGAAAUUCAUUGGAUAGGAAGAUUAUUUUGGUUAACAUGUAUUGUAGUUUGUUACAUUGCAUCUUAUUUCUUAAUAAAAGCUUCUUAUGAAAAUUAUGAAUAUAAUAGUAUCAGUUUUGUUAUGGAUACAGCGUAUCUUGAAUGGGAAACUAACUUUCCGGCUAUUAUUGUUUGUGAAGUUGAAGGUGAUCGCGCUGAAGAGUUAGCACUUGAAAUUUACGGUAAAGGUGGUGGUUCCCCGUACUCCCCAGACCUUUUUAAUGAAAUUGGAUUUUUUCGUGGAACUGCAUCUUUGAUUAAAGAUCAAUGUACCGAGGAAGAGAAUUUUGAACCAUGUAAUAUAAAUUUCACUUUCAUCUCUGAUAAGUUACGAAAAAAUUGUACUUCCUUGUUUAGAGAAUGUUUUUGGAAUGACGUAAAAAUCGAUUGUUGUAAAUAUUUUCUUCCUUUACAAACUGAAGUAGGAUUAUGCUACGCAGUUAAUUCACUUCAAACUGGUAAAGAGGAAAUGCCAAGUUUACAAAUUCCCGAUUAUCAAUUUAAAACACUUACAGGCGCUAAACGUGAAUAUAUUGUAUCGAUUAAAGAAACCAAAAAUGAACCAGCAGUAAGAAAUAUAGCAAUGAAACAUAGAAAAUGUCGUUAUCCGGAUGAAAAUUAUACAAAACAUCAAAAGUAUUACAGUUUAUUUGGAUGUGUCAUUGAUGAAAGAAUAAGACAACAUCAUAAAUUGUGUAAUUGUACACAUCACUUAAUGGCAAACGCAAAAAAAAUUUGCAAAUUAGAGGGUUUACUUUGCAUUUCUAAACAUUUUGAUGAUUUAACUGUUAUAAAACCAAAGUGGUCAAAGAAACAAGGCUUGGCCGUUGAUUGUUUACCCUCUUGUGUUGAAGACGAAGUUGAUGUUAUUCACGUCAAAAAUAAUCUCAGAUUGGAUAAAACAGAAUACGGUGAAAUAAUUGUUUCGAUGAACGAGUGGCCCACAGUACGAUUUAAAAGAACAGUAGUACGUGAUAAAUUAGAUUUAAUAGUUUCAAUCGGUGGUACAGUUGGCUUGUUUAUUGGCGCAAGUGUUUUAAGUAUUGUUGAGAUUUUCUAUUAUUUUGGAUUCAGAAUUUGGUUCAACACGAACACACAAGACUUUCCAGAAACAAAUGUACAACAAGUGGGAAAUACAAAUAAAGUGCAACCUAUGCAACCAGAUGUAAUACGCGUUGGUUAUAAAUUAGCUACUAAUAAAGACAAUGAAAUUAUCUUAAUUAAGACAAAAGAUCCAAAUGAAAAAACAAACACAACUCCAACAUACUCUUUUUCAUAUCAUGAAUAAUAUUUUUACUUUAUUACUUUAAUGCCGAAUAUAUUUAGCUUUAUCAGAACUUGGUCUUAACCAUAUUGGGCACCGGGAUGCGAAAAUCAGCUUGAGCCC